GUCAGCAGAGCAACGCCGCCAUCGCCAUUUUUCUCUAUGUGAAAAUUUUUAUCAGACGAAUUGAAUUGUUGCGUGUGAAAAUAUAAUCAGAAUUUCAUUUAAAAACUUGGAUUUUUAAUAUUUAAAAACGCGUUUAUCUUGCCAGGAAGAAUAAUGCGCGUUACCAAAAGUGAUAUAAGCUUAGAAUUAGAAUGCUGGGUUGAGGAGUUAUCGCCAGCACAAUUAGCUGCAUACGAGAAGGUGGCCAAUGAGCAUAAUGCAAUUAAAAAUGCAUUAAAAUCAGCAUUGACUUCCAAUGAGGGUCGCGAGCUUUUCAAUGGACAGGUAUUUCAGGCGUAUUCAUUUAAGGGAAAAGUUUUACAGGAAUUAAAGGAGGCCACAUUACCACCGAAAAAACCCGCUAAAGUUGACCCGCCUACUACGCCAGUGGGUGGCACACGCGGUGGUGUACGCAAACGUCCAUCAAAUUUUGUAUAUUUAGAAUCUUCAGAUGAAGAGGAGGACGACGUGCCAUUAGCGAAACGUAUUGCUGUAGCUGCCGGCAAAAAGGGACUAACGCCUGUUGCAGGUGGGGCAUCAAGCAAUGGAGCAAAGGGGCUUAAAGGUCAAAAAGGACUGCAGUCUGCCAGUUCGCCAGGUACAGUUGGUAAAGGUGGAAAAGUGGGUACGCCCGGAAAGGGGACAACACCUGGUAAAGGAGGAUCUACCGCAACAACGCCGCCAACAAAUUUCAAACCUUCAGAAAUUAGUUCUGUCGGUGGUUUGGUUAUCGGUACGGAUGGUAAAGAUGGCAAAGACGGUAAAGAUCAAGGUAAAGAAACAAAACUACAGGGCAAAACAUUUCCCUCUUUGGUGGUGUUGGCCAAACCUUGGCUCAAAGUUAAAGAUAUGUCAAGUACACGUAAUAAGCUAGAUUCAAAGGUGAAACUGGUGCUGAUGUUGACACCAAAUAAGUUCACCGAAUGGCUUAUACAAGAGGGACUGCUGAAAGCUGAACAAAAGUGUGCAAAUCAUCGUUCUAAUGAGUUAAAAUUAGGUGUAUAUUCUGAUGCCACAAAGUUCCCCUACACCGGCGGUUAUGUUUGGAUUAGUGAAUGCUGUCCAAUGCGUUUUGUUUCUGUAUUCCACGGUUCCAUAUUUGAAGGCGCACCACAUCCUCCAUCAUGCAUACUUAAACUAAUCUACCAUUGGUCUUGUCAGACGAAUAUACAAAACGUGGUACAGUGGGUUAAGGUAGACAAUGUGUAUAUAAAGGGUGUUUAUACUUGGCUGCGUGCAAUUUGCACAUUAGCAGUACAUCAGAAAUGUAAAAAGCUUGGUGGACCCGAACGAUUUGUUGAGGUGGGUGUCAUCUCGCUAGGCACCACAUCGCAGGAUGGCCAACAACGCCAAGUCAAAGUGGAAGUUUUAGGUGUACUUGAUUAUGCAGAGAAAACUAUACGUCUACGUGCCGUGGAACCUGUAUCCGAUGCCGAUCGCAAUUAUAAAAAACGUUUCCAGACGAUACUGGAACCAUUGCAACGUUGGGUGCAUAAGGAUAGUGUUAUUUGCAUUGAUUUAACUGUGGAUAAAAUGACACUCUACUCAAUGGGUUUCAAAAACAUCAUACAAGCGGCCGCAACCGAUAGCUCAGCUAAACACACGAACUCUGCCGUUAUGGAUUACUUACGUCGCAUUGUGCCACGUAUGUUCCAGAAUACUUUGUCGUUGCUGUCGCGGCAAAUGAUACAGCAAUUUUUGGAUGAGCUGGUUUGGCGUGAACAAUUCGGCACAUAUGCAUUGCAGGCCUUCAACAACAUAACCUCACAUAUCGCAGAACAGACACGUAUGAACACAAACGAAACGCUGACACAACGCUUGUAUCAGGUCGCAACGAAUCCCUUCAAAGAUUGGAGUGUGCUGCCCGCAAAUUAUAGAGAGACUCCAGCAAAUACAACACCAAAACGGUUGAAAAAACCCAUCAAUGAAGCUGAUUACGUACAACCGGAAAAAGUCAAUUUGAAAUCCAUAAAGAAAGAGAAACCCGAUACACCGCGCCAUGAGACUUCAUCGCCCGUUACAAGUGGACGCCGCGGGCGUCAAGCAGCUGCUGCCGCGACAGAUGAUGAUUAUAAGCCAGAUUCGAAAAAGUCAAAAACAAGCAGCUCAUCAACAAGCAAGGGACCAGCAUCGUCUAAGUCCUCGUCCACUAAACACCAUAGCACUAGUGCUAAGACAGAGCCAAGCUCUAGCAAGAAAUUGCUUAUCGAAGCCAAGGUAAAGAAAGAGAAAGAUGUCGAAGACGAUUUAAAGGGUAUUGAGGAAUUGUACUAUGGCGUACGCGAUGGUCUGGAUAUCAAUUUCGAGUGUUUCCCUUAUAAGAAUGACGCUGGCGUUGUUGUUGAGGCAACCAAUGUUGAUUGCCCCAUCUGCGAUCUUAACGAAUCAUUCGAUUCCAAUGAGAAGUUACAAACACAUUUGGUCUCACACAUUAUUGCCGAUAAGGAUCAUCAAUUCCAAUGUCUAUUCUGUCUGGAUAAGCAUCCCAGCGAGUCGGUGCUCACCAAACACAAUCAAAUUAUGCAUCCGCUCGUGACGAAGUCAGCCACAUCGGCUUCUUAUCAUUGUUUGAUUUGUCAGCAACGCUUUAAUACGUUGCAUCAUUUAACGGUGCAUUUGCAGAAGAUGCACAAUAUGUUGGAAUUGCCAUAUGCUUGCCAGGCUUGUGGGUAUCGUUCUUCAUCGCAUCGUGAUGUCGUGCGUCAUUUCUAUGAUGAUCAUAAAAGUCAGAAUUUCUUGCAGUGUCCAUUCUGUUUGGAUAUUUUCCGUUUCGCCUACAAAGGACGUAUUAACGUAACGAACAUCGAAAACUAUUAUAUGCAUCUGCGUACCCAUAUUAACAAGAAGGAUUUACAGUUGCGUUGCCAGAAAUGUGCGCUCAGCUUUAUUGAAAAGGGAGCUUUGAAGCAGCAUACCGCUAAUCAUCACACAAGCCUCUUGAAGAGUACACAGAAGGUGCAGCCACUGCUCGCCAACUCUAUGCUUAUUGCGCCACCGAAGAUACGUAGUCAUCAUCGUGAACCACUACCCUACACCGUGGUUUCGAAACUCGGCGAGUUCUAUGCAUUCAUUGACGGUUCCAUUUGUGCGGAGUGCAACGCUGAAAUUCUAAGUGAAGAACAUUUCAGUGGCAUUAUGAAAUGUAAUAAGUGUAAUUAUAAAUCGUGUUGUGAACGUGCUGUCUUCGAGCAUGCAGCCGAGUGCAGCGGCGGUAGUGUGGCACACGAAGUCAUGGAGCUGCCGUUACCCAACGAAAUGCAUUGUAUUUGCGGUUUCUCCACAUCGAUUGGCAAUAAGAUGGCACACCAUUUGGCCACUUGUGGUCAGAAAUCCGCAUAUGCCUCAGUGGAGGCCGCUCAGGAGAAUACUGUCAAACGUAAUAUGUUAGAUAUGUUGGGUUUGGUGCGACGCGACGGUGAAUCUGGUGUCGAAGGUGAUGAACAAGGUGGCGAACAAUCGAACACUGCAGCCGAAGCUGACGCUAGCGCGGUGGUAGAACCACCGCCGGAAUUGCAACCACCACAGCAGCCAAUGAACACCGAUACAGCGACACCCAUACAAUUUGGUGAAAUAGAGGCCACUCCAUUAUUAGAUGGCAACAGUGUGCAACAGCAAGAGCAACAAGCGCCAGCGACACUCGACAGCACAGGCGUUGUGGUGGAACAACAAGCCGCUGCCGCGUAUGGCAGUCAUUUGAUUGACGGUAGUGAUGUGCAAGCUGCGCAAUAUCACAUUGGUUUUGGCCAACCAGAGCAACAACAUGCGCUCAACACAUCCGAUAUUGAUAUGCCGCUAAUUGGUGAAUUGGCCGAUCCCAAUCCGCCAGCAACGCCACAAUUUCUCGGUGAAGUGCACACACCUAUGUUUGAUGCAGUGGCAGCUGCGGAGCAACAACACUAUCAUCAAAUGAUGCAGCAACAACAGCAGCAGCAACAUCAUAACCAACAGCAAUGAAAACGAAUGAAACAGCGGCAACGCGACUACACGUUACCGUGGCAGAGCUACUGAGUAGCACAAAGUGCGGCGUAUUGAUUUCAAUAAGCGUAAGUUUGUUAGGGAUAUUCACUGUGUGUGUUGCAGUAAAUAUCAAUGUGUAUAUUUUUUAAACACAUUUGAUACUUAUAUGCAUAAAAAAUUUGAGUUUACACUACAUACACAAUGUUGCAUAUAUUUCUUUUACAAUAUUGUAUAUUUUAAUUAAAUUUAAAUUUUAUGAAUAUUAUUAAAUAUGUUAAGUGCUACAAGUGCGUAAUUUGAAAAAAAAAAAUGGAACUAUUCACGCAACUAAAUUUGACAGCUGCUUUUAUUGUUUGUUUACAUUUGUUUUAGUAAUAUAACAAAUACAAAUUUGACAUUUAGUUGUCAAAAUUUUGAGGUUUAAUUUAUGCAAGCUUCAGUUUCGUGAAUACUUCUAAUUAUAUUAUUAUUUAAGUAUUUCUGGAACAACAAAAUUAAAACUUGCUCUACAUAUGUUUUUCUUGCUUCAAAUAUAUAUACAUAUAAAUAUCUGUUGCUGUUACUACUGCACUUUAAAUUUAUAUAUGUAAAAAAAUGAUUUCUAAAGUUUCAAACACGUAAAAGAAACAUGCACAACAUUUUGCUUUGUGUCUAACAAGUGAAUAUCCCUAUUUGUUUCAAUUGUCUCGUAAAUGCUUUUCGGUUUUUUAAACUAGAGUUGAUUUAUAUAUGUAUACAUAUGCAAACGUUUUUAUAUUGUAUUAUCACAUAAUGUGCAACACAUUUAAGUUAAUUCAUGUUGCGUUUUUGCUUUGAUUUUGGUUUGGAUACUGUUUAGCAAAUGUGCUUAUUUUAUUUUUAAAUACGCAGACAUGUUUCAUUGCUAAAUAAAUACAACAAUUAAUGUAAUAAUAUAUACAAAGUACACAAUAUAUUUAUAUACGGACGAAUAUAAUUGAGGAAAAGCAAAAUAUGAAUAAAUGUGUAAAGUCAGAGUAAAAGUAAAACAGUGUUUGCAUACAUGUGUAGGAAUACAUACAAAUAAAAUAUAUAUAUAUAUACAGUUAAGAAAUAUAAAUACAACAAUAUUAUACGUACAUACAUGUAUAACAUUUAAAUUGCAUUAAAAUUUUCGAAAAAUUAUAUAUAACAACAAAUUUUUAACGCAAUUUCAACAUAUACAUACACAUAGUAUGUGCAUAUAUACAUACAUAUAUAACUAAACUUGUAGCACACAUUUAUUUGAAAGCAUCUAACGAGAUAUUGUAAAGCGCAAGCGCACGAGUGUCCAUACAACGUUGUAUAUUUGCCAUACAGCUAACUAACGUGAGCGCAUAAAAUUUGUUCUUUAAAACCUGGAUAAAUUUUUUUAAAAUAAUUAAAUACCUUUUUCUAAACAUUGUAGUUUGU